UGAUCAAUAACAAACCCAGGAUUUCAAAACGUCAUCAAUCAUUUCAGCCAUUCAAUGGCUUUGAGUGAGUUAAUGUCAGGGCGUGUCUGAUUGGCCUGGGGGGUGGACGAUCCUCGAUAUCGUCGAUGACCAAUCCUCCGCUAGCAGCCAUGACGGGGAUAGCCCGCUCCUCGAAACCCCAGCCGAUAGCCCUGGGCGGGGCCCUGGGCGGGGCCCUGGGCGUGGGCGAUCCCCGAUUUCGCCAAUGGGAAAAACUCCGGCGCGAUCGCUUCAACGAGCUACUGAGUGAGUUGGCCGCGCUCUUGCCCGGUUAUUCGGGUAAAUGGGACGGCCCGGCCCCCACAGGCCCGGCCCCCACAGGCCCGGCCCCCUACGGCCCUGGCCUCAAGUGGAGCAAGAAAGAGAUCGUGGAGCGGGCCAUUCAUCGCAUUCAGAGCUUGGUCGCCGCCCAGACCUGCCCCGCCCCAACCUCGGGUUCGAAUGAGACCACCCCUAGUUCGGGUCCUACGGGGGCCCGGCCUCCCCGGGUUAGGGCGGGACGGGCGGGCCCCGCCCUGGAACGCAAGAUGCGUGGGCUCUGGCGACAGAAUCGGAAACUGCGCGAACUUCUUCGGGUCGAGUUGGACAUCGAUUUGAGUGAAAGCGACUUCAACAAGUUGAAUGUCCGGGAAAUCAAGGCCGUCAUUGAUUGCGUCCAACGUGAUCGGGCCAGCUCCAAAGCUUUAGAGAAAGGCCAUGAGGCCAAUAUUGACCCUACAUCCGUGUUACGAGAUGAAGAUGUGUUUGUGGCCCCCAUUCACACCUCGGAUCAUUCGUACGCCUUGGUGGUGCGCGAUCAGCCCGAUGUGGUCAUUGAUAACCAGCCUAUCGUGGAGGAAGUCAUCGAGACCGGGCCACCUACCCCCUUACCCGUGCCAAUGCAAAUCCACCCACCCACACCGGCUCCCGUUCCGGCUCUCGUUCCGGCGCCAGCUCCGCCUUCCAUGCCUGGGCCAGUCGUGUCCGAAAAAGUUGACGUGGUGGAGAGAGUUCCCGCCCCACCAACGUUGCCUCAGAUUACCAUUUUGCCUACGCCACAGUAUCUCGUCCCGGGUUUCAUGAGCGGAGGCGUGUUCAUGCCGACGGUGAAUCAGGUCGACAAGUGGCCGUUGCCGCGUUUGAGCCGUGGCCAAGCGGGCGUUCAGACGGUGAAUGUGAUCUCGUCGGCUCCCAAAACGAGUGUUCUGGACUUGUCCGAGUUGCGGAGGUUGAGAAUCGGUCGUCGAGGCCAGAAGAAGCGGACAAAGAAGCAGAUUGCCCAGGACAAAGAGAAAGAGCGGAAGGCCCAGGAGGAGAAGGAGAAGAAGAAGGAGGAGGCCGACAUGGCUGCCGAGGUCAAGGCGUCAGAGAAGAAAAACCCGGUCGUGGUGGUGGUAGAGAAAGAAGUGAUGGGCAUCCAAGAUGUGGCCAAAGUGGAGGCCUCGUUACCGGCCGCCAUUUUGGCCUCUGAGGACCCCAACGCAUCGGAUCACGAAGAAGAUUCGAUGGAGACCAUUGACCUGACCAAAGAACUCCAAGAGAAGGAGCCAGGGGAGCCCAAAAGUAAGCUUGAGAAGGACGAAAAGCAUCCUCCGAAAGAGGUGAAAGUGUUCAAGGAAAAGAUCAGGGUCAGAUCCGAUCCUGAAACGAGUGAGGGAAAAUCCAAGUCUAAGAGCAGUUAUAGCAUAGCCGCUUUGUGUCAGAUUUCGGUCAAUAUUGGCGAGCCCAGUGAAACUGCCAUGGUGAAUUCGCCUGGCAUGGUCUCGCUUAAUUCCGUGGGAACAGGGUCGCCAGCCGUCACCCCUGCUCCAACCCCAACCCCGCCCACUCAGAUGCGAUCCGAGUCGUUGCCCAACAUCAAUGAGGUGCUCAAUGAGCCCAAAACCCAGGCAUCGAAAUUGAUCCAAGAGCUCAGACCCAACAAGGACAAUGACAAAGAGGUCAAGGAAGAUCUCCCUCCCAAAGAUACUGAGAAGGCACUCUCCUCACUUCAUGAGGAGUUGAAACGUGUAGACGAGUCGCUGAAAGAGUUUAAGGACCCUAAUCCAAAGCCUAAUCGCAUUCCGACCCAACCUCAGCCAGCUCAGAUGGCCCAACCGUCGGCGACCCCACUUGAGUUGAAGAAACCAAGGAAAGAUUUGUCCGUGUUUGAUUUCCCGGAACGGAAGAUGGAUUCACCCAUUCCUCAAUUCCCUCGAUCACCCACCAAAAGUACGGCUAAGGCGGUUCAACCCUCAAUUCCCAAGACCCCUUCAUCAGGGUCCAAGAAGGCUCCCCCCCAAAAAACCAUGUCAGAGAGGCCCCGAACUUCGGCAGCCCCACUCAUCAGCAACACCACCUCCAGUAUGCCAACGACCUUCACCUCGACUCUGGGGUCCAUGGCACCUAACCCACAGCCUUCCAACCAAAUGGGCACAAGUCAAUUCCAUCCCUUACCCACUCAUUACCCAGCACUCCCAACGGUACCCAGCCAUGCACCAGAUUUCAUGGCCUCAUCAGCAUACUCCAAUCCAUAUCAAACCAGCUCAACCACUCGGUAUCAUGGUAAUGGCCAAGGCUAUCAUGGGCAUCAGAAUAUGCAUUAUACUCCUCAGGACUAUCAAAGAAAUGACUAUUAUGCCCGGAGUUACCCAAGUCCCAGCCCCGCAACCUCGUCAACUCUUGCCAGUCCUCAAUACAGUGGGAGUGCCAGUUGCACUAGUAAGAAGCAUCGUUCCCGCCCCUCCAAUCCCAUGCCCCCGCAAUUGCCCACCGAACCUUAUGGCUUAAUGGCUCCCCCGGACGCUCACAGUAAAGUGUUCUCUGUCAAUCAACUUGUCAAUAGCAAACAAGCGCUGAGUUCGAGCUCGAAUAAGAAGACGGCCAAACGGCCGGCAAGUUCCUCGAGCAAGGCUCUGAAGGAUGUGAAAGAUUCUAGGCUAGAUGACAGAUACCGUGUCCCCAAGCAACCUCGGCAAACGAGUUCACGUUCAACGAGUGGCUCCAGGGCGAGACCUUCGUAUUCAGCCGAAUCGCUCAUUGGCAAUCCCAAUGUGAAUCCACCUCUGGAUUGCCAUAUUAACCACCCUGGUUUCGAUCCAAUGGGCUUGUCCGUGGUGAAUCAAGGAACCGGCCAUCAAACCCAAGAUCACACUCGAAACUGGACUGGUGAUCAGACAAACUUAGGCUCCUUUCAAUUCAGCUCCAUGAGUCCAUCGCCGGCUACAAACAUCUUUGGGACCGACAUUGGCUCCUUGGACUUUCAUUUCGCCUCGGACCUGGGUCAGACGAUCCCUGUGAGCGUUACCAACUCUCCGACGAAGCAAUAUUUAUACCACAAAUCAGCCGUGAACGAGUCCAAUAAGUCCAAGGCCAUCAACUCUCAUCAUCAACAAUUGGAUUGUCACCACCAUCAUCAUCAUCAUCAUCGAUCGAGCUCAAGCCAUGUGAGCUCUGAUCAGCAGUAUUUCAGUGGUCCGUUGUUUGACAACUCCCUGCUUCCUCUGCAAACUCUCACACCUCCCACGGACGAUUCCAUGAACUCCAUGAGUUAUGGCACGUUCAUGGGGCCCAACACCUUCUAUUCUAACACGCCCGCAUCUCGUCAAUCCGGAUCAGUCUCCACGAGCUCAGCGGGCAUGUCGUUCUCGUCUCAAGGCUACACGGGCCACAAUAGCUCUGCUGCGAGCAAGCAAAUGAGCCACCAUUUGCCCCCUAAUCAAAGCAGCUCGUUGAGUAACUUUAACUUAAGUACCAUCUUCCCUGAGAUCAAUGUGAACGAGAAGCUUCCGGCCUCGUUAGCUCUUCCACCCAUGCAUAAAGCAGUGAUUUCCUCUUCUUCUUCCUCCUCCUCCUCCUCGACGUCCUCCACAGCUUUGGGAGGAUCACACGGCCAAACUGGCUCGUCGCUCAUUGGCAGUGUCCCAAGUGUGCCGAGCACUGCCAAUAACAAUCAAAAUGGAACGGGUCUCACUUUGCCUUCAGUGGGUGGAGCGCCUCCGCCGGAUUUCCGCCAACUCACAACUCCGGACAUUUUGCCGCAUAGCAUUGCUUUGCUUGGAUCUCAUUCUCAGAUGGGCAUCUCAUCCGUUCCACACCCAUUUCCGGGGACAAAUUUUGCGUCAAAUAUGGUGACAGGCUUGAAUUUUCAGCUCUCAGAUCAGUCACACCAAUGAGCGUGGUCCGAGGACCCCUACGUUAUACAUUACAAGUUUAUUGUAAAAUAAAAGGAAUUUUGUUGAACACAAA